AUGUUCGGCGCGUUAAAUCGCUUCAUCGGCCGGCUAGACGGGGAGCCUGGCCAACAGCCUCGUAACGGCCCCAGUGACAACGCAUUCGGUUUCCAGGUCCUCCGCAACAAAGACCCAGAGCUUCCUCUAGAGCCAUGGUUUGACUUUAUCGUGGGAAUCAACGGUCAUACAAUUGAAGAUCCGGACCCGAACCUCUUUGCGACAGAAUGCCGAAAUUGCGCUGGGGGAACCUUGACACUUGAAGUUUGGAGUGCGAAGGGUCAACGAACACACACAAUCACUCAUCCUAUACCGUCAACAAACCCCUCCCUCGGCCUCGCGCUGCAGCUUGCCCCCCUCUCCUCUACGCAAAACAUCUGGCAUGUUAUUGCAAUCCCAUCACCGCUCAGCCCCGCAUACCGAGCCGGGUUACUUCCUUACUCAGACUAUAUCAUCGGAACCCCCAGCGGGACGUUAAGAGGGGAGUCGGCACUAGGGGAGUUGGUUGAGGAUCAUCUAAAUCGUACUCUGGUUCUGUGGGUUUACAAUAGUGAAUUCGAUGUGGUUCGCGAGGUUGAGCUGGUUCCUACAAGGGGCUGGGGUGGCGAAGGCGCCCUUGGUGCAGAAUUGGGAUUCGGUGCUCUUCACCGACUACCCAUUGGACUUGGAGAAGAGGUUGAGGGACCUGGGGAGGUUGUAUUCGAGACACGUGAGGAUGGCACUGCUUCCCCAGUGAGCGGCCCUGCAAGCGCUGCCCCGGGCAUGGCAGCUCCAUCGAGCAACUUCCUAGUCCCAGCAAAUAUCGCAUCGCCGCCGCCCCUGGCCUCCGCUCAAACAAGAGGUGCUUCGCCAUUAGAGAGCAGAUCGUCCGGUCGUCGUGCAGGGAGAUCACGGCCAGUGGCAUCGCCCAACAGAGCCUUUGAUGAUUACUUUGCAGAGGGCGAGGAGAAAAGUCGGGAGCAAGACUAUGCGCCCUCACGGCAUGGAACUCCUCUACCUCCGCCGCCGAAGGUAGGAGGCCAGUCCUCUCACUCGGAAAGCCCUGCGCCGGAAGGAUCGCCAGGACCGACGCAGGAAGAAUGA